UAAUAUAUAUUAAUAAAAAUAAUUCAACAUUAUUGGUGUUCUUUAAUUGGCCAUAAUAAAACAAAGUGAGGUCAAUUUAAAAAAAAUACUCGAUUUAAAAUUAUCGAUAAAUAAAGAAAAUAGAGAUCAUUAUUGUUAAUCCUUUUAUGGAUAAAAUGUAACUAGGCAAAUCAAUUAGAUUUUAUAUUUUAAUUGGGAAAACUGAAAUUUGUUAAACACCAUUUUCAUAUUUAAUUUUCCAUCAAUUAAGUAGGUUAGAACGAGGCCGGUAGUGUUAUUAGAUAUUCUACAAAUAAUCGAAUCGAUAAACGGACGUUCAAUUACAGAGCUAUAUAUCUACAUAUACCUCCCUUUUGCUAUUUUACGAAAUAUUACAAAUUCAAUGGUGACUUAUAAUUUAUAUGCUUUUGUUAUUUAUAAACUCAAAAUUACAACCCUACUUCUACUUCGUACAGAGUUCUAAUUUUCUUUUCACACCAAUAAUUGGUAUAAUGUCAUCAUUGAUCUUUAUUAAUUGUUUUCGGAGAUGGUCUGAUUGAUUAAAUUUUAGAUUAUAAAUAAAAAUUACGUUCUGACUACCGGUUAUCGAUAUACUUGGUUGCUUAAAAAUUUAUUUAUAACUAAAAAUAUGCUUGUACAUUUAAGCAUUUAUUUGAUAAUUAACGUUUUUGCCUCAUGACAAACUAAUUAUAUCAAAUUAACUAUAUUCGGUAAAAUAUUUUUUAUUCUCAUAUUUGAUUAAUUUUCAUACUUGAAUACUGAAAUUUACAUAAUGUUAGCAGUUGUUACAAGAUUCAUAUGUAUCAGGUGAACUAUUCAGAGCAAUGAAUAAGUAAUGAUUUAUCGGUGACAGAAUAUUAUGAGAAUUAUUUUAUAAAACUUGUGGAUUAUAGAUUAAGAUUUUUCUAAAAAUAAUAAAAAUGUUUCUGAACAAUAUCCAGCAUCCAAGACAAAAAAGUAUCAAUAUCAAUUGUUCUAUGCAGACUAAUCUUAAGAGAUCCAGUAGUGCUCCAGUAAUUAAUGAAAUCAGUACAAUUACAUCAAUAGAUUCUCCCUCUAUAACUAUUUCUCCAAUGUUGAGAGAUACAGUCUCAACAUUCAAUAUAUUUUCUAGCAUACCUAGAAUCAGAAGAUUUAGUACCAGUAUGAGUAAUAACUCAAUAGGAACAGUACCUAAAUUUACGUUACGUGUUAAUCAACUUAGACAGGAAGAGUGCAUAGAUGCAGUAGCUGGACGAGAAGCAGCACAUGAGAAAGAAAUUCAUAGUACAAUGCAAAUUUCUCAAUCAUGGGAAGAUUUAACAUUUGAAACAGAAGGUCUUUCAUUUAAAGAUUCUUCGGCAGAAUCGUCAUCAUCAAUUUUGUCUAAUUCAUCAAAAGUACUGUCACAACUAAAAACAGAAAAAAAAAUGAUUUCCAAGAAGACAUCCGAUUUCUUCAGCUUGAAUAGAUCAGGAAAAAUUCCAUCUCAGGCCUCACUUUCACCGAGUCAGAAAAAUAUGAAUGAACAACAUUGUUAUUCUCCAAAUUUUCAUGUGGUUACAUGGAAAAAUAGUUCCUUAUCACCUAGCCCUACUAGAAAAGCUUUUGCUACAAGACGGAGCUUAAGCCCAAUAGCUAUUCGACCAAGUUGUCUUGGUGCUAAUAUGAGUGCAGUUAAAAGAAAAUUCGAGCUUGAUGGAAACAAAGGAUCAGAUCGUCUUUUUCAUCCUCCACUUAAGCGAGUUUCGAACCUCAUAAUUCCCAAUAUUCCUCGGUGAGUGACCUGAGAUUUCGUCUACAUUUUAGUAGUAGGUAGUUAUUGAAGAGCUUUUGGAUAAUAAUUAUUCAUUUGUAUGGGUAUUACAAACAAAUUUUUGAAAAUUCUCAGAGAAAAAGCUAAUUUGAUAUUGUUUGCUGCUUUGAUAACAGAUCAAUGUUCAAGUAAUCUAAAAUAUUUGAAGACAGUAAUUAUACUCACCCAUAAGCAAAAUUGUUAGUAUGAAAAUUGAAAACAUUACAAUGUCUUUGUGUUUCACUUUGAAUAAAUGUUACAAUUAGGUACAAGGAUUCCAAUUUUCUUUGUAUUAAUUAUUAGUAUGCAAUAAUUAGGUUUUAAAAAUUGAAUAUAAUUUUUUUAUUUUAAUAUAUCACUUAAAAUAUCACGGUGAUUAGAUCUUCUUUGUAUUACAAACUAAGGAAAAUGACCUUCAUUAUUAUUAAAAACUAAAUAUUGAAUAAAAAUUAAUAAAGUUUUGAUAUGCUUUGACAGGGAGUUUGGAUCUUGUAAUUUUGUCACCAUUGGUGCUCUUUUAAUAUUGAUUUGUGUUCAAUCUAAUUAUUGCAGUUUUCACAAAACAUUCAUUCACUCUUUUUCAAAUAGACACAUUUCAAAUAUAACUAAGAAACAUUUGAUGUGGUUGAUAUUUAUUUAAGAAGGCUGUGUAGACUUUCAGUCUGUAAAAAACUUGAAUCAAACCAAAUUAGAAUUUUGAAGACAUUAAUACUCAUUUAGAAAAGUUCCGUUAUAUAUGUAAUAUUUAAAAGUUGACUAACACCGAUUCCAAUAACUAACUAACUAAAGAUAAAUUUAUAGUUAUCAAGUGAAAUGUAUCUCAUUUAUACAAUAACUAAAAUAAAAGUACCUACGUAAUAUGAUAAAUCCGAAUUUAGAAUUGAUCAAAGGAAAAUGUUUCGAAAUUGGAAAAUCUGAAUUAUAGAGUUUUCAGCAGUCAAAAUUACAAAUUUUUUAAUCCAUUCCGAUAAUUGUUUCGAUGUAAAUUUUUUUUAGAAAACGCGUUUCAAAUAUAAAAUAUUAAUGUUCGUUAUCCAUUAUUAAUAUAUGUUAGUGUUCCGAUGUAACAAUGUUUCUAUGUACGCGCGUUGUAAUUUACAUGAAGGCGACUUUUCUCU